AUGAAAGACCUGGGAUUGAAAGCAUAUCGUUUCUCUAUCUCCUGGUCGAGGUUGCUCCCAGCCGGUACGGGCAAACCGAACCAAAGAGCUGUCGAUUUCUACCAGUCGCUGUUGUCAGAGCUCUGCAGCAGUGGGAUCACUCCCGUCGUCACCCUGUACCACUGGGAUCUUCCACAAUGCUUGGAAGACAAGUACGGUGGAUGGCUGUCUCGCCAGGUGCUUGAUGACUUUGAGUACUAUGCAUCCGUGUGCUUCGAUUGCUUCGGAAGUGAUGUGAGGUACUGGAUCACGCUGAACGAGCCCUGGUGUGCCUGCGCUUUGGGAUAUGGCAGUGGAGAGCAUGCCCCGGGCCACAGAGAGGAUGCGGGAAAGGAGCCGUACCUUGCUGCCCAUCACAUGCUUCUUGCACACGCCAGAGCUGUGAAGUGCUACCGUCACAGCUACCAACACAUCCAUGGAGGCAGCAUAGGUAUCACGCUGAACAUGGACUGGAAGGAGCCCUUGAGCGACAGCGCUGCCGACCAAGCCGCGCAGCGACGUGCUUUAGAUUGGCAGCUCGGUUGGUUUGCCGAUCCGAUCUACAAAGGUGCCUACCCAGCCACGAUGCGCGAACGCUGUGGAGACCGGCUGCCUGAGUUCAGCGACGAGGAGGUGGCGAUGCUGAAAGGAUCAUCAGACUUUUUUGGGCUUAACCACUACUCCACCGACUUCGUGUCACAGGGUGAGGACGGGCCGCCAGCUGUUCCAAACUACUUUGCCGACCAGGAUGUCAGAAACGUGUCAGAUCCACGAUGGCAACGCACAGACAUGGGCUGGGACAUCGUGCCAUGGGGCUUCGAGAAGCUACUGUCUUGGAUACAGAAGGAAUACGAUCCGACGGGAGGCAUACUUGUAACUGAAAAUGGCUGCGCUGUUCGAGAGAACACGGAGGCCGAGGCAGUUCAAGACACCGCUCGGGUCGAGUAUUUGCAAGGAUAUCUUGCGCAGCUGCACAAAGCCAUGGCAAACGGAGCCGUCAUCAAGGGCUAUUUGGUUUGGUCUUUGCUCGACAACUUCGAGUGGGCAUUUGGCUAUGCCAAACGCUUCGGAAUCGUGCGAGUUGACUUCACAACGCAGCAGCGGACACCGAAGGCUUCAGCGCAGCUCAUAUCCGAUCUGUGCAAGGGUGGCAAGCUGAAAGUGCCCUCGAGAGUUCAAGCGUCUUCUGAGUUUUUUCCGUACAACGGCAGGGGCAAGGACAGCGGGAUUGUCAUUGUUUCCACCCACCUCGGAGUGAAGCCUUUUUCCUUUCUUCGGUAG